GGUUCAGUUCAAUAUUCGCUGCAGCCAUGACGGGUACCAAGCAGCAGCAGCUCUGGUCCAGGUGCCCUGGAUGCAAGCGGUGUGAGUGGAACAGCAUCUUGGCAGGCAGUGGCCGUUAUUGCCAGCACUGCAACAAACCCGUGACGUUGUACAUGGGCAUGAAGAAGGUGCAGUUCAGUGACGACACGUCCUAUGAUUGUGAUGACGGCAUGGGAGGAGGUGGUCAGCUGCAG